CCGAAAAUACAGCAGAUGGUUUGAGGGGUUCCAGUUUAUGAUUCUUAAAGACGUUCAAAAAAAUGCUACUUACGUGUGUACUCAGAGAAGAACAUAGUAUAAUGUUCGUUCCUACAUAAAGUAGAGGUAAUCUUGUCUCGUAAGAGUUGGUAUUACGCAUAUUCUCUUUGGCUAAGUGUGGAAAGUCAUACCGGAAGUUAUGUAACAUGUUUGAAAGGGACCAAUCAUCCAAAUGAAAUAUAAAUGAUAGAGUGGUUUUGAUGGUCAUACUUCCCUGGAUCACCUGAAGACUGCUCUUAAAAGCAUGGAAACGUUGUCCAGUCACAGUGCUUACCUUCUCCAGCAGUUACAGGAGCAGAGGAUACAGGGGCUCCUCUGUGACUGCAUGCUAGUAGUCAAAGGAGUAUGUUUCAAAGCCCACAAAAAUGUACUUGCUGCAUUUAGCUCCUAUUUCAGGUCUUUGUUCCAAAAUUCGCCAAGUCAAAAAAAUGAUGUUUUUCAACUGGUCAUUCAGGAUGUGGGAGGUAUAGGCCAGAUACUGGACUACAUGUACACUUCCCAUCUAGAUGUCAACCAGGACAAUGUACAAGCACUGUUGGACAUCGCCCAGUGCUUACAGGUCCCAAAUGUACAGAGCAUGUGCAACACUUUCCUGAAACCUGCCGUGGAGGCCCCUUCUUUCUCAUUGUCUGGUGUCUUGACCUCGGAACACGACUACCUCCUCGGAACUGGCCUUGCCCAAGACGUGGACCUUCCUUGCCCUUCUUCGGUAGGCCAGAGGUCUGCCUUUGGCAAUGGGGCACCAAUGUCUCAUGGUGGGAACGCUACCUCUGAGACUACAGCCAUUACCCAGCCAGUCCCAGAGAAGCAGCUAGUACACGGCUACAAGCUACGCAACUUCUACAGCAAGCAGUACUUCAAGCAGAGUGCUGCUGCUGAGACUAGCAAUGCAGCAUUAAACCAAGGCCCAAGUCCCCUGGUGCUGGUUGAAGAGCAGCAGUUCCAAUUUGGGGUCACACAACCAUGUGCGAAUGCCCCUGUAUGUUCAGGCAAUGCGAUUCAGUCAAACCCACCCUGUCCGCAGGCUAUACCAGCUGAGAAGGAGUUUGGUUCAACGUUGCCUGCUGAAGACUUGUCAACCACAGCCAACCCAGGAGGAAAAGUCUCCCCUGUCAACAAGCCCAUGCGGCCAAAGAAAGCCGUCUACCUGAAGAAAUACAACUACCUGCGCCCUCAGAAGGCUCUAGAAGAGAUGUGCCUGGAGCAGAGCAGCGAACCAGUCAACCACUGCCCAAAGGAGACUCACCAAGAGGAGGUAGUGGUCCAGAGUGAGACACCUGAAGCUCCCGUAGACUGCCUACCUCCCAUAGACUGCCUGGCCAGAGACAGGGAAGUGGUGUUGGAGACCGCAAUGGAUUCUCAACUUCCAAGUCCACCUCCUGUUGACCAAGAGGAGGAACCGGACCCACCAACUAUCAGUGAUCCAACAGAACCAACUGGGCAUAAGGUGCAGUACUGCUGUGAGAUGUGCGGGAAGACCUUUAAACACCCAAGCAACCUGGAACUUCAUAAGCGCUCACACACUGGGGAGAAACCAUUCCAGUGUAAUGUUUGCAGGAAAAACUUUUCACAGGCAGGUAAUUUGCAGACCCAUUUACGACGACAUUCUGGAGAAAAACCUUACAUUUGUGAACUCUGUGGGAAAAGCUUUGCUGCCUCGGGGGAUGUUCAGCGUCACAUUGUGAUCCACACGGGAGAGCGGCCACACCUGUGUGACAUAUGUGGACGCGGGUUCAGUAACAUCAGCAACCUGAAGGAGCACAAGAAGACUCACACUACAGACAGAGAGUUCACCUGUGACCAGUGUGGCAAGUCCUUCAACAUGCACAGGAAACUGCUGAAGCACAAGAUCAGACACUCUGGGGACAAACCGCACACCUGCCAGACCUGUGGGAAGAGCUUUGCUGGGUCGGGCGACCUGCGUCGCCACGUGAGAACGCACACGGGGGAGAGACCCUACCUCUGCAACACCUGCGGCAAGAGCUUCACCCGCUCGGCUGUCCUUAGGAGACACUGCAGCAUGCACUGCAAGGCCACUCCUGAUGACUCCAGCCCUGACGUAGAGGACCCAGAGCAGCCUGGCAGUAGCAGUAUUGACGGAGGAGGAGGAGGCCCAUUCCACAAGCCUGUCAGCCACAGUAAAGCACCUGAGCCUAGGUCACCACCACCAACCUCCAAUACUGUGAUGGAGCUCGAUAAGCCUUCGCCCCCACCAGCACAUACAGAAGCCCCGUCGACUAGCAUCCACCUCAUCCCCUCUACCUCAACGUCCUUCCCCGAGCUGCGCUCCAUUGUUCCCCAGCACCUCCUCCCCUCCACCCCCUCCCAGCAGCAGGAGAAGUGCCCUCCUCUAGCAGACUCCCUGAAACUGGGCAAAGCUCACCUACCUCAAGAGGCCCUUGUGUUUGGCCCCUAUGUGGAGAAUGGGCCGGUGGGUGUGGAGAUACAACAGCAGGGGUCUGGGGCCUCGGUGGUGGCCCGGCCAUACCUCUCAGCCCCAGACAGUUACUGUGGGGCCCUCCCAGGGGCUAGCCGUCCCAGUGGUACCUCCUACAGGGCAAGUGAGGGACCCUUCUUUUCCAGUGUAACACUAUGGGGGCUGGCCAUGAAAACACUGCAGAAUGACAAUGACCUGGAGCAGUGAAAGCUGGAGCAAGUAGUGCGUCUAAUGUGGCUUCCUUUCCUCGUCUCCUUUUGUCAGCACUGAUUUGAAGACACUGUUGUAGGGCAAAACCACAUGAUGAUACCUACUGGUGAUCAUAAUUUGUCUGUUCAGUUCUUUCACAUCAUUGUAGAUGAAGGGAAGGAGAUGAGGAAAGGAGGUCACUAGUCUAUUCAGAAUUAGCCAUAGAGUUCCCUUAUGAUGGAAGACUGCUUAGCACUAUGAUAUUAUCUAACUUCAAUGAGUAGAAUAUAACACUCAGGUUUUUCCUUUUAUAGGAUAUUGUUAUUAAGAUGGCAAAAAAACAUAUAUUCUUUCUGGAUAAGUAUGCACUGUUUUGAAAUAAAAUGUGCCAAAAAAUAUAGUUUUUUGGUUUAAAAUAUAUUGUAUUUUCAUGUAGUAAUGUUACAAUGGUGUAUUGUGUAAGCCUGCUCUGUCAACCACACAACAUAGAGGAAAUGUAUUUCUGGUUCAUUAUGGCUUCAAUAAGUGUCUCCUUUUAGUUGCUCCAAGCCAGUGGCUAAAUUCUCUCUUCAGAUCAGGGAUUUAGUCUGCAGUCUGAGGUCUCUGACCCCCAUGAAGAUAACAUGGCAUGAACGUGAAGUCAUGAGAAUGAUCACAGCUAAAGUCUAUGGAUUGAGAAUAGGCACAGACAAUGUUGCAGCAGUGCAUAGAAUAUAUCAAAAAGUCAGAAAUAUUGCUAUUAUAAUGUUAUAUUUACUAUUAAAUUCACAAUAAAGUGGAAUGGGAACAAUAGCAAAGCAUAGCAACAUGUCUAUCGGAAGGCCUUCUCGCAGCCACUGCCCUAAAACAGGUUCAUGUGAGCUGGGCACGGCGCUGUUCAGCGGCUAUGGAGCUGAAAUUUGAGAUCAGUCCUCCACUUUGCGUUGAUCGCAGUACUGUUUUUGGUGCGCCAGUUUUAUGACACAAUAAGGACUAUACAUUUCUCAAACUGAUCACAACUAUUCACUUUUGGGCUGAAAAAUUAUAGCUAAUUGUAACUAAACACGGCCACCUACACAUUAUGAUAAAGUUGCUUAUUUCCAUAACAGGAGUAAUUUUUGUAUAAUUCUAAAUAUUGUGUAAUAGAUUAGCCCUAAAAAAAAGUCACAAUAGGGAAAAACGACAUUCUAAGUUGGUGAGAAGGGGUGCACAAAUAACACAAAAUAAUUGUUUUGUUAAUGUAACAAUUUUCUUGCCCUGGACCUGCUCUCAAGAGUUCAUGUCUUGUGUUGCCUAUGUAUGGGAUGUAAUGUUGUUACAUCACUUACGCUGCCAACAGCAGCAUCCAUAGCUCGAAGGGACGCCUUUGAGGAGCAUCAACGAGAGCUUGGCCAUAUUGUGCACCCAGCUUGUCGUAAAUCGUCUGCGUCACACCUACACCGUCGUUCUCAGUUAAAGCAAUAAAAUAGGACAACAAAAUAAAUACGGACUACAAGUAAAAACGUUAACAGGUUAUACAUUUACAGCCUUUCGUCUGGGAAAAUGGUUAAAUUGGGGAAUAAUUUCAGUGACAAAAACAACGCCAAAGCCGUCUCAGAAGAUGGAUUCGACACCAUUCCCCUUAUAACACCCUUAGAUGCCAGUCAACUGCAGUUCCCUGCACUCGACAAGGUGGUGGUAAAGACCAAAACAGACUAUGAUGGGGGGAACAAGAAGAGCAGGCUGCGGUCCCCAAAAAUAGCAGAAUUCUCAAUAAGCAUAAUCGAAGGGGUAUCUGAACGACUCAAAGUAAGACAUGUUACAUUCUUCUUCUUCUUCACCCUAUCACCUCAACCUCAUGAUUAUUAAAACUGCUGCCAUGGCAAUGGCCUUUUAAUGGUUUUGUCACACUCAGUACACUCAGGCAAAUCCGUAUGGUCUUUCACUAAUUGGUCUUUUGACCAAUCAGAUCAGCUCUGUAAAAGAGCUGAUGUGAAAGAUCUGAUGUGAUUUGUCAAAAGACCAAUUUUGUAGCAAAAAUCCAAAUUGGGCUGCCUGUCUAAACACAACCAGAGGUCUUUGAGAAGCAAAUUGUUCGAUUGCUACAGAUCAUCAUCUUAAAAAGACAUAUCUGCUCUGAUUUGCAAGCUAUCAAAGUAUCGGCCAUCAACACCAAUGGAGCAAAUGCAUCCCAUGACAUCCCAUAGCACUUGAUUUCUAUAGCUGUAGUGCUCUUCGUGGUGUUUCCCAGCUUAAUAAGAUGUAAUGUUAUCACUUGUAAGACAUGCACUGUAGAUGAAAGGGACAUUCAUUACAUGGGUUCUUCUCUGGCGCCAAGACUGGUUUUGCAUAGCAUCCCCUUAUUUACAUUUUUUUUUAAUGAUUUUUGCAAGAUGUUUCUAACUCUGAGAAAUAUGACAUCUAUAUCCUGGAAAUCAGAAGAACUUUUAUUAAACCUCUGUCAAAUAAAAUUCACUAUGUUUUGUCCCCCGACCAAGACAAGAUCAGAGUCCAUAUUCAUAAAGUGUCUGAGAGUAGGAGAGCUGAUCUAGGACCAGUUUUGCCUUUGAUUAUAAUGAUCCUAGAUCAGCACUGCUACCGAGACUUUUAAUGAAUGUGGCCCAGGCCUCAUCACUGAGUGAUUUCUCCAACACCUCUCUCCCACUCCCCGCCUCCUCAGUUCCUCACUAGCGCCAGUAGUCAUUGCGUAACACCCUAGCGAUGUCAGUGCAAUGUUCUUGUGCAGACUCUUUUAAAGACGUCAUGUUCACUCUGUUCAGUUUAAUAUCCAAUUCAUAUUCCCUAAUCAAACCUUCAGCCACGUCUUGAUGAGCUCUUGUAGAUCUGAACAAUAGAAUAGGUGCAAUAAGAAACAUGGUAAUAACUCCACCUAGCCUUCUGGCCCUGUAUCCAUAAAGAGCCACAGAGUAGUAGAGGGGCUAGGCACCUUCAGUAACCCAGAGGUGAUGUUUGUGUCUCAUAUUCCCAGGUCACUCUGCUGGUGAUUUGUGCUUUGGCGUUUCUGGUUUGCGUGGUGUUUCUGGUGGUCUAUAAAGUCUACCAGUAUGAGCAGCCCUGUCCAGAUGGCUUCAUGUAUGUGCAAGGUCGGUGCAUGCCGACGGGGAUGUACGGUUACUACCCCCCUGGCGGGCGCGGGCGUCUCUUCACCAUCAUCAACCACUACAACAUGGCCAAGCAGACCAUCACCCGGUCCGUGUCCCCGUGGAUGACCGUCAUGUCUGAGGAGAAGGUCACCCAGCAAGAGACAGAGACCCACCAGAAGCUGGCCUAACGCACUGGGCUGUAUUCAGAGGUGAAACGUUAAGAAUGUUACAAAUAGAACUAUAAUAAAUAGAGCUCACCUGAUGCCCAAUUCAACAUGAGCGAUAAUCACAUCUGUUCCACAAAAUGUAUUUCUAAUCUGAGUGUUUUGUAACGUUGCACCCUUCUGAACAGACCCUAGGAUCACCAUCCAGCCGUGUGAAAAAUAGUAUACACGGUGCCGUUCAAGCAAACCCGAAAUCUGGAAAAACAUUCUUUAGCUAAAAUGGUUGUUCUUGAGCUACGCCAGUUUUAACUGAUAUGAUAUAACUGCAAUGUAUCAGGCAUAAUGUGUUUUAAUCAGUGAAAUUAUUUGACAAAUGCAUUUGUGUAAGCACAGUCAGGAACGGUGGUUGGAUGGGUAUCUGGUUUGUUUGAAUACAUACACAAACAAGUCUUGCCACACAGGCAGACACUUGUUGACAAAACAUCUUUGUACAUAAACUUAAUGGGGAAUAAAAUCUCACUUCAGUACCCCAAAUAUAAACUGACAACCUUUCUAGUGUCUGCGGCGCUGGUUUAAACACAUGCACGGUUCAUUUUGUAAGGCUUCUGCAUUUCACACAACCAUACUUUGUCUUCAUUACUACAAAACAUUUGAAUUACUGUCAGAGCAUGUGCCAUUUAACCCUUGAGAUACAGAAAUGUAUAACUUUUUGCUCCUAGACUGUUUUGCCUCUCCCAUUUGUGGAUGAAUGGGUGUGUGUGACUCACUUGAAGAUGCAUUUUAAUUGACUCCUCCAUUUGUGUAGAGGACUUUUUAAAUUCGGACUCUUGUCCAAUAGGAAAAAAGGGCGGUACUACCUAAACUAGUCCAAUAAGAAAUGCUCAUUUUUGUUUUCCAUUUCUAAAGGCCUGAAUUUGACACAGGUAUGAUCUUUAUAUUUAUCCUGCAUAAUUGAACCCUCUGUAGUUUAUCCGUCUCCACAUGCAGCACUUAGAGCUCUUCUUUAUUGGGAACUACACUAUAUUUGAUCAGGCACUAUGUCAAUGCCUUCAUAAAGCUUGGGAAUGCUUAUUGUCACUGAAUAGCAUAUCAUGUUUUCUUCUCGUUGCUAUUGAAUGUAAACGUGUAAUGCUAUAUGAAUAGGAUUCUGUAGCUGUCAGUCACCAUAGAACGCAGUCAAGUCAUAAAGUGAUGUGUAGUAGAACUCAAGAACUCUAAAAAUGAAACCUCUGAAAGGAGUGAUUAGUACAUUUUCUUUUCAACAUAUGUAAUUUAC